UCAGAUCUCUCAAUGCAUCUCGAGCCACGAAUCGUUGUACAAAGCCUAAUACUCUCCAAGAUUUACACUGAUGAAUCUCUUAAAAAGUCGCCAUCUCUUUUGUUGUCGACAUAGCUACAGUUACCUCGGCUCAUCGGGCCAGAUCUUCUACUCUACCAACAACACGCCCAAAGCCCAGAUCACUCUUCAGGAGUCUACGAAAAGCAAUUAUUACUCCAGGAAGCCCAUUCAAAACACACAAAACAGUGUCGAAUCACAAGGUCGACACCGCAGAACUAGAGAACCCGCACAGAACAUCAAGAUGCCUAUACCAGGCUUGCAUCUCCUUGAGGACUCUCACGCCCCUCAGGCGCCCCAACAGGGAUCCGGAGCUUCAAAUGAGACCAAAUCCAAAGAGCCAAAACCCCAAAAGUCAAAAGCCAAUAAGGAUCUAAAGCCAUGGCAAGUCCGUGCACAAGCAAAGACACAGCGGAAAGCAGUCCUGCCUCCAGACGAAAAGAUAUACCCAAGUGCCUCGUCAGGAGGUAUUCCUGAACCAAGCGUCGCCUAUCUACAGCAGUCACUCUGCGCUCCCACGAGACUCCCAGCGCCGAGACGAAUCCUCGUCGUGAUGGACCUAAACGGCACUCUACUACAUCGCCCACAGAAGACAAGACCAUCGCACUUUGUCGCGCGCCCCCAUGCUGCCAACUUUCUCAAGUAUUGUCUGUCCACAUUCCACGUCGCCAUCUGGUCCUCGGCACGCCCUGAGAAUGUGGGCAAGAUGGUGGCCAAGUUGCUCACCCCGGACCAGGUCAAGCAGUGUCUCGUCAUCUGGGCGCGCGACCGCUUCGGCCUGUCCAAAGAAGACUACAACUCCAAAGUGCAGGUCUACAAGAGACUCGACACUGUAUGGCAAGACGAGCGAGUCGCAAUUGCUCACCCUGCCGCGGCCAACGGCGGCAAAUGGGAUCAGUCGAACACGGUGCUCGUAGAUGAUUCAUUAGAAAAGGGCCGGAGUGAGCCCUUCAACAUUCUCGCUCUGCCGGAGUUUUCAGGUCUGGCCAACGAGAAGGCUGAGGUGCUGCCGCAGGUCCACGACUACCUGAACGAGCUGAGCUGGCAGGCAGACAUCAGUAGCUACAUGCGCGCCACCCGCUUCGCGCUGGACGCCAAGUACAAACUACCAUCACAAAGAUGACGAGUAUGGCAAUAGUUAGACGGAGACACCUUCGGAUGCGUCCGAAUUAUCACGUAUAUAAUCAAUGAGGCAUAUAGCACGGGGACGCGAGAAGCAGAUGAAAC